ACGCUCCUUCAAACACAAUUCUCCGUCACUCCAUAGUCCAUUUCCAGACUUCCAACGAAUAUUCUCUCUUAUCAUUUUUUCCUUUUAUUUUUUUUCUAAUUAAAUUCUCUUCACUCAUCUUCUUCAUCUUUAUAAACUCAAUCAUCAUCUUGAACCUGUAGUUACAGUUGAAGAGCGAAAAAAUAAAAAUGGCAGGAAAUGAUUGGUUGAAUAGUUAUCUAGAAGCGAUUCUCGACGUUGGUCCUGGUCUUGAUGAUGCUAAAUCCUCUCUUCUUCUUAGAGAGAGAGGUAGGUUUAGUCCUACUCGGUACUUCGUUGAAGAAGUUAUCGGUUUCGAUGAGACCGAUCUCUAUCGCUCUUGGGUUCGGGCUUCUUCAUCACGGAGUCCUCAAGAGAGGAAUACUCGAUUGGAGAAUAUGUGUUGGAGGAUUUGGAACCUCGCUCGUCAGAAGAAGCAGCUUGAGAGUGAAGCGGUGCAGAGAGUGAACAAGCGGAGGCUUGAACGUGAAAGAGGGAGGAGAGAAGCUACUGCUGAUAUGUCGGAGGAUUUGUCUGAGGGAGAGAGGGGAGAUCCGGUGAGUGAUGUUUCUGCUCACGGUGGUGAUGUUUCUGCUCACGGUGGUGAUUCUGUUAGAUCCAGAUUGCCUAGGAUUAGUUCUGCUGAUGCUAUGGAGACUUGGGUGAAUAAUCAGAAAGGAAAGAAGCUCUACAUUGUUCUUAUUAGUAUCCAUGGACUCAUACGUGGUGAGAAUAUGGAGCUGGGGCGUGAUUCUGAUACCGGUGGUCAGGUUAAGUAUGUUGUGGAGCUUGCACGGGCCUUGGGAUCAAUGCCGGGAGUUUAUCGGGUUGAUUUGCUUACUAGGCAAGUCUCUUCACCAGAUGUAGAUUGGAGUUAUGGGGAACCCACGGAAAUGUUGGCUCCUAGAAACACGGAUGAAUUUGGAGAUGACAUGGGAGAGAGCAGUGGUGCUUACAUCAUUCGUAUUCCAUUUGGUCCGAGAAAUAAAUAUAUUCCAAAAGAAGAACUCUGGCCUUACAUUCCUGAAUUUGUUGAUGGAGCAAUGGGCCAUAUUAUACAGAUGUCCAAGGCUCUUGGGGAGCAAAUUGGCAAUGGGCAUGCGGUCUGGCCGGUUGCUAUUCACGGGCAUUAUGCAGAUGCAGGUGACUCUGCUGCUCUUCUGUCCGGUGCUUUGAAUGUACCAAUGAUUUUUACCGGCCACUCACUUGGUCGAGAUAAGUUGGAACAACUUUUAAAGCAAGGCCGAUUAUCAACGGAUGAAAUAAACUCAACUUACAAGAUCAUGCGUAGGAUAGAAGCUGAAGAAUUAGCCCUUGAUGGUACUGAAAUAGUCAUAACAAGCACUAGACAGGAAAUAGAAGAACAGUGGCGCUUGUAUAAUGGUUUUGAUCCAGUAUUGGAACGUAAAAUACGAGCAAGGAUCAGGCGUAAUGUGAGCUGUUAUGGUAGAUACAUGCCCCGCAUGUCGGUAAUUCCACCCGGUAUGGAGUUCCAUCAUAUUGCUCCACUAGAAGGAGAUAUAGAAACUGAACCAGAAGGGAUUUUAGAUCACCCUGCCCCCCAAGAUCCACCAAUUUGGUCUGAGAUAAUGCGCUUCUUUUCCAACCCUCGCAAACCUGUGAUACUCGCUCUUGCCAGGCCAGAUCCUAAAAAGAACAUCACAACUUUGGUGAAAGCCUUUGGAGAAUGCCGCCCACUUAGAGAGCUUGCUAACCUCACAUUAAUUAUGGGUAACCGAGACGGAAUUGAUGAAAUGUCAAGCACAAGUUCUUCUGUUCUUCUCUCAGUACUUAAGCUGAUUGAUAAGUAUGAUCUGUACGGGCAAGUGGCAUAUCCUAAACACCAUAAACAAUCUGAUGUUCCUGACAUCUAUCGUCUAGCAGCAAAGACAAAGGGUGUCUUCAUUAAUCCUGCUUUCAUUGAGCCGUUUGGUCUUACCUUAAUUGAGGCAGCUGCCUACGGUUUGCCAAUGGUUGCUACUAAAAAUGGAGGUCCUGUUGAUAUUCAUCGGGUGCUCGACAAUGGUCUGCUUAUAGAUCCCCAUGAUGAGAAGUCUAUUGCAGAUGCUCUUUUGAAGCUUGUCAGCAACAAGCAACUGUGGGCAAAAUGUAGACAGAAUGGGUUGAAGAAUAUUCAUUUAUUUUCAUGGCCCGAGCAUUGUAAGACUUACCUGUCUAAAAUAGCCACUUGCAAGCCAAGGCAUCCUCAAUGGCAGCGAAGCGAGGAUGGAGGUGAAAGUUCAGAAUCAGAAGAAUCACCUGGUGAUUCAUUGCGAGAUAUACAGGACUUAUCUCUUAACCUGAAAUUUUCAUUGGAUGGAGAGAAGAGCGGUGAUAGUGGAAAUGACAAUUCUUUGGAUCCGGAUGGAAAUGCAACUGAUAGAACUACAAAAUUAGAGAAUGCUGUUUUGUCAUGGUCAAAGGGAAUUUCCAAGGACACGCGCAGGGGUGGGGCUACUGAAAAAUCAGGCCAAAAUUCAAAUGCUGGUAAAUUUCCGCCACUGAGGAGUAGAAAUCGACUAUUUGUGAUUGCAGUGGAUUGUGAUACCACUUCAGGGCUUCUUGAAAUGAUUAAAGUAAUCUUUGAGGCUGCUGGAGAGGAGAGGGCUGAAGGCUCUGUAGGGUUCAUAUUGUCAACCUCAUUGACUAUAUCUGAGAUUCAGUCAUUUCUGAUCUCUGGUGGCUUGAGUCCCAAUGAUUUUGAUGCUUAUAUUUGCAACAGUGGCAGUGAUCUCUACUAUCCAUCCCUCAAUUCUGAAGAUCGCCUAUUUGUGGGUGACUUGUAUUUCCACUCUCACAUUGAAUACCGUUGGGGUGGAGAAGGGUUGAGAAAGACUUUAAUACGCUGGGCAUCUUCGAUCACUGAUAAGAAGGGUGAGAACAAGGAGCCAAUUGUGAGUCCUGCUGAACAGCUUUCUACCGACUACUGUUAUACUUUCAAUGUGCGAAAGGCAGGAAUGGCUCCUCCUCUCAAGGAGCUUCGUAAGUUAAUGAGGAUCCAAGCUCUGCGUUGCCAUCCUAUAUAUUGUCAAAAUGGGACAAGACUAAAUGUAAUUCCAGUACUGGCAUCUCGUUCUCAAGCCCUCAGGUACCUAUAUGUUCGAUGGGGUUUUGAACUGUCAAAGAUGGUGGUGUUUGUUGGAGAAUGUGGCGACACCGAUUACGAAGGACUGGUUGGUGGCCUACACAAAAGUGUGAUAUUGAAGGGAGUCGGAAGCAGGGCAAUUAGUCAACUCCAUAAUAACAGAAACUAUCCUCUCUCAGAUGUCAUGCCAUUGGAUAGCCCAAACAUCGUUCAGGCAGCGGAGGGAAGUAGCAGUGCUGAUAUUCAGGCUCUGUUGGAAAAAGUAGGAUACCUUAAGGGAUGAAAGUCGUCUAUGAUCAGUUACGCCUCUGCUUGUCUUCUGUGAAUCAAUGAAACCUACAUUUAUCCAUAGUGUUCAUAAAGCUAUCUUCCUCCCCUCUUGUUACUUCUAUAAUAAUCAUCUUCAACCUUUGCCCCUUUGAAUCAUAUGUCCUCUUAUCUUCCUGUUGUUUUUGUAUCUAUAUAAUAUAGGUUUUAAUAAAAGGCCAAAUCUCAUUUCAUUCA